UGCGCACUUCUACUAACGAACAGCGGUAGUGCCGAAAAACAUGGCGUGCCCCGCUAGCCGGCUGACUACACGCUUGCUGGGAACUUCAGUUUGUCCCGGCCCGUUCAGCAGCCGUGUUGUCGCCACUUCAAGGAGACAUGGAGGAGCUCUCCAGGCGGCAGCCUGUCAGCCUCACCGGGGAGGGAUAGCAGCCAGCCUGAGCUCCUGGGCUCCCCGUCAUUCGGUGACAUUGAGGGCUCUGACAGGCGUGAAAUGUCCCCAUGGCAUGAGCUGCCACUCUUUCCACACCAGCUGCAGAUUGCAAAACAAGCAGGACCUCUAUGAGAUCUUGGGUGUCGCUCGCAGUGCCUCCCAGAAAGAAAUCAAAAAGGCUUAUUAUCAGCUGGCGAAAAAGUACCAUCCAGACACAAACCCAGAUGAUCCAGAGGCAAAAGAGAAGUUUGCCAAGCUGGCUGAAGCAUAUGAGGUUUUGAGCGACGAGGUGAAGAGAAAACAGUAUGAUACCUACGGAGCAGCAGGCUUUGACCCGAGUCGAAGUGGAGCGGGCCAUCAGCAGUACUAUAGGGCAGGGGGGACCACUAUUGAUCCUGAAGAGCUCUUCAGAAAGAUUUUUGGAGAGUUUGCUGGGGGGAUGGGCUUUGGAGACAUUAACAACAUGUUUGACCAAAGGCCUGAGUAUGUAAUGGAGCUCACCUUUUCUGAGGCAGCGAAGGGAGCAAGUAAGCAGCUGAGUGUGAACAUUGACGACAACUGUCCAAGGUGCGAUGGGAGGGGCAAUGAGCCGGGGACUCGGGUGUCUCAGUGUCAGUACUGCAACGGGACAGGUGUGGAGACCAUCAGCACCGGUCCUUUCAUGAUGCGCAGCACGUGUCGGCGAUGCAGUGGGAAAGGGAGCAUCAUAAACACGCCCUGCGUUUUGUGCCGAGGGUCGGGCCAAACCAAAAAGAGGCAGACUGUGACGGUGCCGGUUCCUGCAGGUGUGGAAAAUGGUCAGACUGUGCGCAUGGCAGUAGGAUCAAAAGAAAUUCUUAUAACAUUUAGGGUCCAGAAAAGCCUUGUAUUUAGGCGAAACGGAGCAGACAUCCACUCAGAUGCUUUAAUCUCUGUAGCCCAGGCCAUACUUGGAGGCACAGCCACAACACAGGGCCUGUAUGAGACCAUCAGCAUAGCGAUCCCUUCCGGAUGUCAGGCUGAUCAGGUGAUCCGGUUACAGGGGAAGGGCAUUCGGAGGAUGAACAGCUACAGUUAUGGAGAUCAUUAUGUUCACAUCAAGAUUAAAGUGCCUACGAAGUUAACUCGAAGGCAGCGUUCGCUGCUGCUAAGCUAUGCAGAGGAGGAGACCGAUGUUCAGGGGUCUGUCAACGGUGUCAACCCUUCAGCAGGAGGGGGCAGCAGCACCUCAGACUCCAGCACAAAGUCGACCUCAUCUAAGGAGGAGCCGCAGGACAAACAGAAGGAGGAAGGAGGUUUCUUUUCCAAACUAAAGAAAAUGUUUAGCUAACACGCAGCAGCAGAUGACACAAAGGAAGAAACAAAUCUGCACCUACAGACUGGACGGCCGAAACGCUUUCUGUGAAAAUGAAGCCUAGAAUGGUUCGGCCCAUGUGGCGUUUGUUGUUUGUAGGAAGAAGUACUGAAAUAUCUAAAGCAGAUGUUGGCAAACUGGCGUGGUCUAUCUAUCCACACACCCACUCAUAUUUCACUACAGACAGAAAGUGGAAAAGGAACUCAAGAUCAAUAAAGCAAUGGAAGAAAGUAGAGGCAGCUGAGAACUGUUGCGCUCUUGUUGAAGCAGCUUCAUAGAUGGAAAUACUUCAUUGUGACAACUUCCUACAAAUAAACUGUAUAAAUGAGAAGCUUAUUAAAACAUGAACGCUCGUCUAAUUUCAUGGUUCUACUUUAAAUAUUGCACAUCGUUUUACCCUAAUGUAGAUUAGAUAUGAUGAAAUAAUUUAUCCCAUAAUAUGUUUAAGCCCAAAGGAACAUCCAUUCCACACAAGUGUUUAUAUAGAAAUAGUUUAUAGGUAUAUGUUGUUUUUUCUAAGGCUGCGGUUUACACUUAAAUCAUAAGCUUCAACCAUUCAAAUGUUUUUAUUGUAAUGAGUUAAGUUUUUUUUCUGUUGCAAAGACUUAUAAGAAAUAAAACUGAAAAGGAAAGUUCAGUUAC